GAGUAAAAGCUCAGAGCUUUUCCCUCCCCCUUCCCCUUGAUCGAGUGAGUUUUCAUCCCCGCGGUGCGUUCAUUUCCCUCUUCCUUCCCAAGUCUGCAACUGAGGUGAGGUGUCCACAUCACGCAUUUUCGCUCUGGGCUUUCGAUGCUCAUCAGUGUUAUCAGUUUGUUUUGAUCACGGUCCUGCGUUAGCAGAUUGUCUUUCUCGAAAGAAAAACCUCUCGCGAAAAUUACUGUUCGGCAUCGGUCGUUGCUCUAUAACUCCAUUGAUUUUUUUCCUCUCCACGCGAUGUUUGGCGGGUAGAAUGACGUUCACCAAGGAUUACUGACACCUAACCCUCUGUUUUUUGAAUCAUUCACUUACUUCCAAAGGAAAACAAAAUUUCCUUUUUCCCCAUUUUCUUUCUCCUACUUUGUGACUCAGCUUUUAAUCAAGUGAUUGCGGUGGAAUUCUAUCCAAUUUUUACUCGCGUUGGUCCAGUGUAUUAUCGAAGGAAGUAUUUAUUUAGAAGUUGGAAGGAGCUUGACAGGUUUCGUCCGUAUAUUGUGUUUGCAUAAUAUCAUUUCAUUUCAAGUGAUUUUCAUCGUGUCAUCAUCUCAACAGUGCUACUCAGUUCCAGUUUUAAUGAUGCCUUAAGUAUCAUAACACAGUGUGUGUUCUCUUCAUCAUCUCCCAGUAAAUUAUCCAUGAAUUCCUGUUCUGUCUUGGAACAUGAAUCAUAAGCAAAACAAUGAGGGUCCAGGAGCCAGCUGAAAUCUACUUCCACGCAGCAUCUUACCGGAUAACGGUAUGCUUUGCUGCGGUCGCAAAAAGGGGCGAGAAACACAAGUGGAUCUGGCCACUAGCCCGCGACGACAACCUCAAAUUAAUAAUACCAAUAUGGGACCUCGGCCUAAAGACCCCUUACCAAUGGUCGUCCAAGGAGAUUUUAGGAAGGUCAGUGGAAUCUCCAAUGAAAUAUUUAGGCAAAUUGAAACAAUUGAAAAUGAAUUGGAUGGCAGUAUAGCAGCUGCUCUUGCAUCCGUUGAAAGGAGGGGAGAGAUGGUUGUCAGAAUGUUAGAUUAUAGAUCAAUGGGGAAAAAUGCUGCUGAGCUGGCCAAAAGAUUUUUAUCCAUGCAGGACGCCCAACACUCGGUACAUUUUGUUGAAAUUGUAAAACGACCAGGACAGACUUUAGGACUUUAUAUUAGGGAAGGAAAUGGAGUUGAUCGAGCGGAUGGUGUAUUUAUAUCAAGAAUUGCCCUAGAAUCAGCAGUUUACAACAGCGGAUGCUUAAAAGUUGGUGAUGAAAUCUUAGCCGUUAAUUUAGUCGAUGUAACAAGAAUGAGUUUAGACGAUGUUGUAAUUAUAAUGUCAAUUCCUCGUCGGCUUGUUCUUGCUACAAGACAAGUCAAAGGCCUCAGGCAAGCACAAGGAACGCCCUCUCAACCUCGUGCUUUAGAACUUAAAGUUCCACCCGUUGUUGUGAUCAAGAAGUCUCUAACUAGGGAAGAAGAUCAAGACGAUGAGGAAGAUGAAGAAAAUAAUCAUCGAUUUGCUGAUUUAAAUAGAGAAUCAAAAAUCAGGGGCCGAGUGGGACAGUCUAGAUCUCAUUUAGCGCUUGGCUCGUUAGAUACAAAUGGUGACAUAGGGUCAGGUGCUUUAUACUAUAAUUCUCGACCUCAUGCUGCCACUUUGGAUAGAAGAAUGGGUAAUUCAGACAACAAAUCAUGGUCAUAUCAGCCGCCACCUCCACCAGUCGUAACUCAGCAACCAAAACCGCAGCAUUUCCAACCCUUUGAUAAAUCCUACCCCAACACCUUGGAGUCCUUAGCAGAAAAAGUUCAUCCCUUCAAUCCUGGAAAUGGACCCGGCUCAAGUUACGGGGCUGGUUCUAGUCGCUACGCAACAACCGGUAGAAGUAGUAGUCGCCUUAGCAACCGAGGUCCUUCCAUGCCACGCUCAGGCUCUGACCAGCAUUUACCUCGAGUUGAAUAUGACUAUGGCAAUGGAUUACCAGCAAGGCACUCUGGGAGUUUACUGAGAUCGAGCCUUAGAGCAAGUACAGGAAUGGGUGGCAGUUAUUCAAGAAGCCGAGACCAGUACAACGCAUCACCUUCCUCAACUUUGUUACCACGGAGACAGCGACCUGCAUUAGAUUACGCCUCUGAUACAGAGGCAACUUGUUCCUCAUCAUCAAGAGCUAGUUAUUAUUACUGCCGACCCUCUCCUCCUGUUUCAAGCCUGACAAGAGGGGUUUCAUUUCGAUCAAACUCACUUCCUAGGCACUCCCUCACAUCUCAAUCCAGUGGCAGAACACCUCUCAGUGUUAGGUUCGAGAGAAAUAAUUUACUGGAUGAAGGUGACAGUGAUGGAGCGCUAAGUGCACCAGAAUUGCCAAUAGCAAGGAAACAUAGAGGUCGUCUUUCUUCUACACCCAGUGUCUUUACAUCUGAUGAAUAUAGGGCAUGGUUGUCGCGGACUCCAUCCACUAGUGCCAUUUACGAUAGACUCAGAGCAGGUCAACAAAAAGCUCAAAGGUUCACUUUUAGUGCUGAAAAUCUGCCUGAACGGACAAGACAGUCGGAACUGCUAGCAUCGUAUCGAUCGAGUGGGCUAUCUGCUCUCACUGGAUUGUCUGGCCUAACAAGCUCAACCCUCGACCGCCACACGUUAGCAAAUCGAACAACGUCACUGAGAAGAAUGAGGCAUCUGUUAGAACUAGAAGCCAAACACCAAGCAGACCGUGCCAAAAUUAUGGAAAUUAAUCCUGCGGAGUUUCUUAAGUAUAAAAUGGAAAAAUGGAAUGGUCCUGAGCCAGUAGGAGCCAGUGGACUUUUAUGGGUACACUUACUCGCCGGACGAGGCCUGAGAAAUCCAUCUCCCUCUCAAACAACAGGCAAUCGUGAUUUGUAUUGCGUACUAGAAUGUGAUAGGGUGCACAAAGCACGAACAGUAGUGCGAACGGGUGAUCUAGUUUUUGACUGGGAUGAAACUUUUGAACUAGAUCUAGUCGGGAAUAAACAACUUGACUUCCUAAUAUACUCUUGGGACCCUCAAUAUAGGCACAAACUAUGUUACAAAGGAUCUGUUCACCUAGCGUCUCUCUUAAGGGAUUCACCUAUCCAUCAGCUAGCUUUGAAAAUUGAGCCCAGAGGAACUCUGUACCUUCGGUUACGUCACACCAGUCCAUAUCGUACAUUCCUGAGGCAAUCUCGCAGCGCAACAGGCCUGUUUGGUGGAGAUCUAGAGGCUACUGUUGCCAGAGAAGGAGGCUCUAUUCCAAUUAUUGUUAGGCGUUGUGUUGAAGAAGUAGAAAGAAGAGGUUUAGACAUUAUUGGCCUGUACCGAUUAUGUGGCUCAGCUACAAAGAAAAGGAUAUUAAGAGAGGCGUUUGAAAGAAAUGCAAGGAUAGUCGAUUUGUCUCCUGAUCAUGUUCCGGACAUCAAUGUUAUCACUGGUGUUCUCAAAGAUUAUUUACGGGAGUUACCUGAGCCACUAUUCACGAAAUGCUUGUAUCAAAUGAUGGUUGAUGCCUUGACAGUAUGUCUGCCGGAUGAUCCAGAGGGCAAUGCGAAGCUAAUGUUCUCCAUUUUAGAUUGUUUGCCAAGAAUCAACAAAGCUACGUUAGUAUUCCUACUAGAUCAUUUAGCAAUGGUAGUCGGCGCAUCUGGUCGAAACAAAAUGUGCUCAGGCAGUGUUGCUUCUUGUCUCGCACCUGUUUUGAUUUUACACAGUGAAUCAGCAACAGACCCCAUGGACUUUAUGCAGCCAAUCAGUGUUCUUCGAUAUUUGCUGGACAUUUGGCCGAAUAAAUCAGUUCGGGACUCAGUGGGACAUCCAGUCCGGCCCUCAAAAUGCUUACUCCCUCAGCAGCCUCCUCCAUUGCCAGCAAAGCCGGUCGGUUUUCGCCAGACAUCUGGACCAGUCGUAGUCGCUUCUCCAACAAGUGACACAUCCCCCGAAGAAAACGACGAGCAGGAUGACGUCGUAUCUGUGAUUCAAGCACACACGGAUUCAAAACCAUCUCCACUGGACACCAGCCGCUCCGAUGCAAAUCUUAUCAACAGUCUUGCCCAGUCAGUUGUUACAUCCUCAAAUCCAGAAAAUGGCAACUCUAUAGCUAACAUCAUCGAAAGAUUCAAUCAAACCACAAAAACAUCAAAUUUGUCUGCACCAGGAUCUCCAGCAACAGUCGCCAGGGGUAUAAACUAUGGCCAGCCACCUAAGUUACCCCCUAGAAAUAAUAUUUCAACUCUGGGGAACACCACUGUUGUCAAUUCUGUCACAUCUAGCAGCAAUCUGUUCGCCAAUUCUCCCAGCAAUUACCUUAAAGAUAAAAAUAUUUUGAGUAGUGCUAAUAAUUUGCACACCACUAAUGGAAACAACUCAUCAAUCAAUGAACUACCAGAACGGAACGGACUGAGUAAUGGGACAAAAUCUGGUAGAGAAAACAACCCCUUCUUGUGUGAUCCGAAACCCCCGCCAAUUGCUGCACGUAACAUAUUGUCAGAAGGCAACUCCGACAUUCUUCAAAACAAUGUAUUCUCAAACUCAAUUUUCCAGCGAGAGAACAAUAUAUCGGGAGGAGCAACAUCGAAUGGAGCUCGCUUGUUCAGCUACUCGCCGGCUAUUAGCUCGGCUGCUGACACUGCAACAAACCACGAUGCCUCGUAUAGUUACACAAACGUUUUCGCUAAAACAAAUCCUUUCCAAACAGAGAACAUGUUGCGGAUUAAUGUUACAUCGUCACUGGAUAUUUCUAGUGGGAACUUGCCAACCAGACUGAGUUCGCAGCAUUCACCAAUCUCACCUGGUCAAAGAGACGUAGAAACACCAAGUUCAUCCACAGGGACGGAAGAGGACUCGAGAAGAGAAAGAGGCGUAGAUGCUGAUCAAGAGAGCAGCGAAGAAGAUCUCAAAUGAAGAGAGUUUUGCAAGCUAAGUGGUCUUGGUGAUGGAAAUGCUUUUCUCUAUCAGUAAUUCAGACUUAUGCAUCUCAAGUAUCCCAAGUACAGAAAAAUUAUUUCUUUUUUUAAACAUCAGGAAUAAUCAAAAUUUCUAAAGUAAUUUAAGUUACUGCUUUGAUUUUGUCACAUACUUGAAGCAUAUGUAAGUUUAUCUUGAAGUUAAGCUAAAAUUCACUUUUACCCUUGGCUUGUGCACCUUCUUUUAAGACGGAACUGUGCAAUAACACUGCCAUUUUAAGACGAUGUUUGUAAAUGUUGUAAAUGAUCAUGUAGUUUUGAAAAUGUAGUUUUUCUCAGUAGACCUGAGCAUAGCUCUCUCUAAGAUUUAAUCCUGUAUAUUGGUGGUGUUGAAAAUUUCAUAAAUUUAGUCAAACUGAUCUGGAAUUUAUGGAAACAAAACCAUAAAAUGGACACAGUUAAUAACCAUGAAAGAUUGAAAUUUUAAAUUUCGUUUCUUUACUUAAUUUGCAUUUAUUAUUGCUAAGUCUAUCAUCAAUCCUUACUUUGGAGCCCCGAUUCAGGAAAUGUGAAAAGCAUGUGUCAGUACACAUUUGACGUAUGUUUUGGGUGCUCUUUUUUCUAGUCAACUCAUUUGCUACUUCAUUUUUUUACUCUUCUUUAGAUUGCAUUCACUACACUCUUCAGGAUUCACUUUACCAAAAAGUUGAUCUACUUGAGUGAUUUUCUCUUUUAUCAAAAAUUUUUCUCUAACUUUUUUUCAGCGUUCUUUUCCUUUCUUUGUUUCUAAUCUUACGACUAAAUUUUACGUAUCUGCUUCUUACCUCUUGCAGAUACUUUUAUUCAACUUUUGAGCUGAAUUAUUUUCAAUAACUGUCAUAACUAUUUUUAUACUAAUAUUUUUGAAAGCACUCCUUUUUAUUUCUGUUUCAAAGGAGCAGGGAAUUAUGUAUCUCUUUCAAUUAUUUUGCAGUGUUAAUUGCCUAAAUGAAAUUCAAUGGAAAUUUGUACAAAUAGUUAUGGAAAAAAAUAAUAUACUUAGAACCUGUCAUUGGUCGUAGUGAAAAUCUUUUUGUAUUUGCAGCUAAAAAAUUAAUCCUUUUGCUAAAAUAAUUGUUUCUUUCUUCAAUUUUUUUUAUAAUUGUAAAUGAUUUUUUAGUGAUUGAAAAUGAUUAAUUGCAGUAUUAUGUUAAAAUUGUUCUAAUUGAAAGCAUAUCAGGCUAAAAAAAUGUAUUACUUAUGUAAGAAUUCAGCUUUACUUUGAGACAUUUACAAUGAUAUAAAAUUGAUUGCUGUAUUUCAGUGUGUACGCACAAGUGUAAGUAGUGAUUAGAUUAAAAAGAAUUAGCACCAGAGACCCCAAGCAGCUUGUUUAUAAUUUUCAUAAAGAAGUAUCAGUUUUUUAUAUUUCAUUUAGACUUGAUUGCAAGGGGCCAUAAAAGCCUUGCGGACCACAGUAGCUUCUAUGUGCUUCUAUUCCUUAAUUUUUAUUUUUUGUUCUUUCUACCGCUUUGGUAGAAAAUUUUUACGGUCAUUUUCGCUCUCACUUCUCAAGCAACUAUAAUUAGCAUCAAGGACAACUGAAUGUUUUAACUGGUAGAUUAUAUAAUUCCCAUAUAUCUCCUUGCGGCUGAAUUUUAAUAUUCAUUCCUUUCAUUACCAGACUAGAUUCUGCGGGCGCAUAUCUCACAAUGUAAAUUUACUCUCAUGCAAACAAAUCAAAGCACACUGUGUCAGAAGUUUCUUAAGUUGUAGUUCAAAUUCUCUUUAAAUAUGAGAUAUAGGUAGAGAUAGAGCUCAAAUGUAAAUACUUGUGAGUAAAGGUUGUUGAGCAAUAGCAAAAUCAGCCUGGGAAAAAAACGAUUUUGUCAAACGCAGACGCAGUCCUCGUGGUAAUGAAGGGGAGCAUAAUGGUUUUGUUUAUCAACUUAGACAAUUUUUGCAAAAAUACAGCUAAUUGAAGAUUGUGGAACCUCUUAUUUUCGAUGAAGACUUAUAAUUGAAUCACUGACUCAAUCAGAACCAAGCCCAGAGAUCUAAGUCACCCAUUGCAGAAGUCGAAUUUACAUUUUUAUGAUUUAUUUUAAUAAUUGUCAUCUGUUUUUCAACCAUGAUCUCUACAUGAGCAACGUAUGCUAGUCAUAGUGUAAACUUUUCUUUUUUUUUUUAAUUUCUUAAUCUAAAAGAAGUAGUUUGUUUUGUUUUUUGUUAAUAAUUUCAAUGUAAGCAGCGGAAUUUUUCAAAAUUUUUACCCUUAAUACUUAGCAUAGUGAACUUUUUUGCAGCUGCUCAAUUCAGUUUUUUAAACUCUUCAUCACAACUGAAUAUGACCAAGCUACUGAAAGAUCAGUCUUGAGAAAAUAUGCAUUAUGGAAGCAUUAUUUCCUGCAAGUUUUAUUUUAUUUAUUUAUUAUUUAUUUAUUUAUUUUUUUUUUUUUCAAAACUGGCUUUGUAAAUACAGUGAAUUAAUCCACUUCUUCUGACUGAAAUAAUAAAAAAUUUCACGAAGACGGUCUAAAAGAUUUGUCAUGUGAUGGAGGGAUAUAGUUUCUACAGUUGUUCAUAAAUUUCUGAAUCAAUGAGAUAUCAAUCUUCUGGAGGGAAAACUUAUUUUGGUACAUAAUACUUUUCCUCUAGGAGAAAUUCUAUUUGGUUCGAAAAUUUGGAAUCGCUUUUGUAUUCAUUUAACUUAUAAUUUCCACCAUUUCUUACAUUUUGACUUGAGUUUUUCUACAGGGCUAUUGAAACAUUGCUCUUUAUCUAUUUUAUAUCUCAUUGAAGCUUGUUCUACGUCGAAUCCUAGCCCGUAUACCCAGAUCAAUUUGAAUUUUUCGUACAUCCAUUUUAAUUUUCUUCAAUAGUUGCCUUGCAAAAGCUUGAUACUGCCUUCACGUCUAUUUCUUUCUCUUCCUCAUCGCUUUCCUCAGAAAUAUCUUAUUACACAAAUGCUAAGACGAUUUUGUUUCUGUAAUUUCGACAGAAGUUUGCAUGCAACAGUCGCUGAAAGGAAAAUUUUUAUUGAACAACGAAAUCUAGACAUUUUGCCUGCCGAAAUAAUUAUGUUCGUGUAAUAAUUUUAUUUUAUUUGCUUUUUCUUCGUUUUUCCGUCAUUUUUUAGUCUUUGCUCAACUGCAACUUUGAUUUAUUGUAAGAAUUUUUUUCAUUUACAAUUAAUUCAUCUUACUGCACUAGGUUUGAUUUUAUAUAUUGCAGUAAAAGUCCAGCGUUUUUAAAAUUUUAAUCAGUGGCUCCUAGGUACUUUUUUAAAUUGAUCAAACCCUUAAAUUUUUGUCGGAAAAUUAUGUGCUCUGUUCUCUCUGAUACACCGUGUUAAAAUUUGUCAGAACUCCCUGUUAUGAAAGGUUUCAUUUAAAAACCUUCUCUCUUGUCAAACAUAAAUCUCAGUUUUUGGACCUUGUAAUGGUCCUCACCUACCUAUUUCAAUUUAUUAUUCCCAAAUAUUUUCAACAAUGCUCUUUAUGUGGGUAUUCUAAAUUGCCAACCCUAAUAUGGUAAUCAAAGAAAGGUAAAUCAUGUAGUUUAUAGAGUUUGAUUCCUUUUAAUUUCACCGUGAAUGAAAUUCGAAGUAUUAGGUACCCUAUUUGCGUAUCGUUAAGAAAACUAGUCAUAUUAUCAUCGAGAGUUCCAAAAAAAGACUUAUGUGCAAUAGUGCAAGACUAGUAACAUAUGACGCAUACGGACGCUAAUGGAAUAAAAGACAUUACAGCCGCAGGAUGGAAACGGGAAAUGGGGAUCACUCACAGGAACCCGCUGAAGGCUGCAUUAGACCCUACAGUCCCUUAGGAGUUUUUAAUCUUCCUGUGGAUAAUACACUUCUGCCUGAUACAAUUCUUGCUGCAACAUGGUUUAGCAAUCCAAUCAUAUCAGCAAAAAUGUUAAAAGAAAAACUCUCUAUGCGUUCAAGGUCAUCCAAGAGGCUAUUUCAAUUUUAAUGCUUUGUUAUGCAGGGUUUCUUGUUGAAAAUUAGCCCAUUUCCUGCUUCCAUACAACUGAAUGUAACCCAAAUUUCCGCUUAAUGGAUAAGUUCUUUCCAAAGAGGCCCAAUGUAGGCAUGACUGGUUUGCUUCAUGCUAUCCAAUCAUUAUCGGCACUUCAAGUUAUUUCAAAUAGUUUUUCAUUAUGAGUUGACUAACGAAUAUCUACCGAAUCCUGCAUCUCAAUGUGUCAUUUGCCUUCUUUUUUUUCAUUUUUUUUGCCACUAGUAGUAUUUAAUGUUAAACAUCCAUGAUCGAAUGUUUUUAUCUGCUCCUAAUUUUUAGCACUUUUAUCGUGAAAGCGCGGAAGGAUUAAAAUUCAUUGAUUUUGAAUCAUUUAGUUCUGUAGAAUAUUGUUAGAGUAAUUUUCAUAAUUUAAGAGAGUGAAAGCAAUGAAUUAUAUUAGAUAGUGUAAAAAGUUGAUUAUUAAAUGUUAUAGAAAUUUUAUGUCAAUUGAUAAGGUUGGUGGAUGAAAGAGAAAUUAUUGUAAAACAAUUCGUUCGUUCUUUUUUUCAUUUUUUCUCGGACAGUAUUGGUGUACAGUUUAAUUUCUAAAACCUUGCAGCGUAUGUUUAUGUUUGAUACAUCUUUAAUUUUAUAGCCUGUUUUCCUUUCAUUGUUCUCCUUCCGUUUCUAAGUUACUGGGAAGUAGAGCUGUGCGAACCUUGAAUUUUGAAUCUGAUUUGAAUCCUCGAAGAGGUGCCUGAGCGAAACAUUUUCUUUUUACAUAAAAGUUGAUAAUUUGUCCAAAUUUUUUAAAUUUAAAAUAUAUGAUUUACUAAUGUGUUUUCAAACAACGACCCUGCUCACCAUAACACGAUCAGUGACUGGUGUGAACUGUCACUUGUGAUACCCUUGAAUACGAGUAGAUUAGAUUUCAUGUGAAAAAAAUUAUUCAGGCAAAUUCCCAGUAGCCAGGAAAAGAUUAUGGUAUGAAUGUGGCUAAUGCGGAUUUGAUAUUUCUGCCUUUGUUGCAAUCAUUUGUAAACUUUUAAAGCUUACAAACUAAAUCCGUGAAAUCGAACCUACUUGGAACUGUACCUUAAUUCAAGUCUCUCAAAGGAGGUUCACACAGCUCUUCCGGAAAGAUGUAAUUUAUUCUGUUGAGAAAUAAUGAACUGGUGCUUUUCUUCAAUUUUCAAGCAUCUGCUUGAUGCUUUUUCAAUUCUAAAGGAAUUCCUCUCGGUUGCAUUGUUUUUUAAUUUUUAACAGUUCCUUAACUAGUAAUCAACGCAGUACCUAACUUUUUCCAAUACCUGCGUCUUCUAUAUCAGAUAGUCUUCUGUAAUCACACCUUGUCCAGUUCAACUUUUGCAACUAGUUAGCUUGCUCGUUUCUGUUCGAUUUUUUUUCUUUUUCUUUUGCAUUCCUUGAAUUUUUCAAGUCUAAACUCACAGUAUCCGAACUUUUUGCAGGGAUUAUCAAUGGCAUUUAAAUCAAGUGUGUGCUAACAAGAUUUUAUUAUCUCUGUGAGUCCAAUUUUUCAUCCCAAUCGACCAGAUUCCCCCAACUUCUCUUGUGCGUGUGCACACUGGACAUUUUAAUUUCAAAUCUAAAUAGAAAGAUAUUGCACGUAUUUGAUGAUUCAGCUGUUCCUUGUAAAUUUAACUUUUUUUUUAUCAAGCUCUUGUUUUUAUAUAAGUCUCUUCUUCAAACGCAAAUCUUUAUAUUCCUUUUAUCAUAUCUCUUUUUUUACAAUUGAUUUCCUCUAUAGUAGGACACAAGGACUAUGUAAUUGUAAUAUUUUCAAUAAUUUUAUUUCAUUUUUUUCAUGUAUCUUUUGUGGAAUAUAAAGACUUAAAAAAUGCACACAUAUUUUAAGUAUUCAACUUAAAAUUGGUCUACAGCGCUAGUCAUAAAAUCGUGUUUUGAUGGUUAUGACUUGGAGGUUAACAGAAAGUAGUGAGAUCUGUUCCGACACGACAAUACUAUCACAGAUUUCAUUGCUUAAAAACUCAGUGAUGAAUGUCAUCUACCAUAGUAGUGCAUAACAUGGUUUUUUCACUUCGGUUUUAUCAAUGACAAGCAUGCAGUAACCAUCAAAUGCGUCCAUCUAUGAUGGCAAAAAUCAAAAGGGAAGAAGCUGUGGCAUCAAUCACCAUGUUUUUAAAGGGCAAUUAAUAUUGAAUUUAAAUAAUUGGUGUUGGAACAAAUCUUAUUAUUUUGUGCUAAUCUAUAGAAUGAUUUUAAGUCCAGCGCAAAUAACCCAUUCUCAGAAUAGAAUGUUCAUGUGGAAUAGCCAAAUUAUGUAAUUAAAGUUAGAAUUUUGUAGUCCUGGCUUCAUACUUUAAACUGUUUUUGCUUGAUGACAGCUAGGGCAGGACAAGGUAAGACUUCCACAGCAAACAAAGCCUCUGUUCCUCUAGCUCCAUUUCCAGAAAAUAAUCAGUAGGCCUUUGUUUUUUUUUUUCCAAUCAGGUUUUUUCUCCAACUCAACAUAUAUUUUUGUCUCCAGAACAAGAGAACAUAUCUCGUCAGUGCUACUCCAGUAUUUUUACGAACUUUUAAUUUUUUCUUGGAAGAGCCAUUGCAUGAAUUUCUCUGAAAAUUUUUGUGUCUUCUCUUGUAAGUGUGGAUAAAAAUCACUGAAGUUUCAGGCAAAUUAUUGUGAAGGUUCGCCUAUAAAAAAUAAAGCAUCAGUAAGGAAUACGGAAAUAGCGCAAUGGAGAUACAUUCUUUGGUGCAAAAGGCAAUGAUGUGUGAUUUAAGACGCAAGAGUUGAGGCAAAGGUUGAUCUCAAGUAUGUCUUGGUCUUUUGCAACGUGAUUGAAGCAAGAAUAUCAGCAGUACAAGAAUAAUAAUAUCUAUACAUGUAUUGUUAUACAAACACUCUUUUCUGAUAGCAUUCUUAGUCUUAAAUUUUUUUCUUACUUAUCCUCUUUUUUUAUUGUCACUAUCUGUCUUGAGUAAUGCAAAAGCAGAGGAUAUGAGAAACAAUAUUAGUGAUUUGAUCAUGAGACUUUAUUCUUUUAACAUAAUUAAAUGGGGUGAAAAAUAUUUACUAGGAAAAAGAAAUUAGCACGAAAUAAAAUGUAAAAAUUGUACCAUUCCAAGAGCUAAUUAGUUAUAAGCGGAUCAACAUUAUAAAUUUUACAUUCAGAUCUAUCUGUUAAAUAUGUACAAGUAAGUAAAUCCUUUAUUUGUCUGUUUUAUAAUUUUUUAAUUUUAUUCUUAGUUUUAUAUGUUUUAUAUUACCUUUUUUUCUCAUAUUUGUUAAUAUCUAGUUUCCCCCCUCAUUGUAACCAAAUACAUUGUAUUGCACUGACUUUUACGGUUAAGCCUCCGUUGUAGCUAAAAUUAUAAUGAUGAAAAAAAGUAAUACUUUUUUGUAUGUUUAGCUGAUUAUAAUUCAACUACAUUACACUCUGUUUUGUUUAUAAAAA